GCGCCUUUCCAAUAGUUUUUGCCUGCACGUGUCAGGCAAGAAGGAUCGAGGCUGUUUGGAGGUAAAACUCAGUUUUGCUGUAGCUGUCGGACCCAGUAGGACCCCUUUAGUUUGGGGGGUUAAGCAUCCUGCUGCUCCGGAGUUGCGCGCGGAGUUUAACGGAGACCCAUUGAAGCAGAGCGCGUGCGAAAGGAAAGGCAGGCAGCACAAAGUCAGGAGUCCGGACCGGUCCACGCCAACAGACGGACAGAGCAUCUUCUCUCAGAAACACGCGAACGCAUCACUGAGAGAAGCGCUUUUCUGGAUGUUUCUGAACCUGCGGAAUGUGACGGACCUUCAUCCCAUCUCUGCUGCGCUGCGCUGCGCUGAGCCGGAGGGGUUUAACCAUGACAGCGGAGCCUGAGUGAGAGGAAUCCAGACUGAACGGAGGAAUUACCGCCCAACGCGAUAUGUUUCUGAUCAACAUCAUCUCUGUUGUGUUUGUUCUGGAUGUGUGCAUGUGUGAAUCAGAGCUGGGAUCCCCCAACUGGAGGGAACCUCUGGACUGCGUCCGAGCCUCCGAGCUGUGCAACCAGAACAGUCAAUGUAGCUCGCGCUACCGGAUCAUGCGCCAGUGUCUGUCCGGCGGGGACAAAGAGCGCAGCACCAUGCUGGCCUCCAAAGAGUGCCAGAGGGCACUGGAGGUGCUGCAGGACUCUCCUCUGUACGACUGUCGCUGCAAGAGGGGGAUGAAGAAGGAGCUGCAAUGUCUGCAGAACUACUGGAGCAUCCACAUGGGCCUAACAGAAGUUUAA